GUUUUGACAGCGAUUUGCCAGUUAAGUAGUUGUGACCUAAUGAAUUAGUACAGUGAAUAGAACGAUAUUCCAAGUCAAGUGAAAGUCCAUCCCGCUUCCUGCAUCGUUCACACCCCGCAAACUAAACUCGCCACGCGAGUUGAGAUUGAGUUUUUGAAAACAUCAUAAUGAAGUGGACGGAGGAGAAAACGUAAAAGUUCGUCAAGGAAUAUUGAAGACCUGAUUGUUUAUUUUAUUUAACACUACAAGCGCUGAGUAUAAGAACUAGAUAUCUGCUAGAGAUGUUGCGCACAUACAAAUGUGCAAAGUAAUGUAUAUUCUAGACAUUGGAACAAAGGAAGCGGUAGCAAAAAUAAAAAGUUGUUUGCUUGUUCCUCAUAAUUCUCUUCAUGCUAUCUACUUUCUUUCUCAUGAGCGUUUAGGUCUAAUCUUUUGAACUCUUCUAUUGAAUUCCUUAUUCUUCACAAGAACCAGCACAAUUUCUUUCCUUAUCACGUCAAUUGAUGAUGGUGUCGAUUCCAUAUUGUGACGUCAUAGCUGUUAUUUCAAACCAAAUUUUAAUUUUCUUUUUUUUACAAAUUAUGAGAAGAAAAAAUAACUGAUUUUUAAUAAUAUUUAUUUAUUAAGUGUGAGGAAAAACAUAAAUCAGAAUCUAGCUCUUCAAUUCCGCUCAAAUCUGCAUUACCGCCGGAGUAGUUAUCAAUAAUCAUGCAUUAUUACUAGGUCACAUACGAACAUGCAUCCUUUAGGUAAACGAAGGUUUUAAAUUGAGUUUCUGAACGCAACUUAAAGUGACAUUUGGUUGACGGUUUAGGUUAUCAACCAUUCAUGGCCAAAGCCCUUUAUUAUCGACACCAGUAGUGUCGAUUCUAGCGAGAUUCUCUAAACUUAAAAUUAAAUUUAACAUCAGUCUCUCCUUUUCAUUCUAUAUAGAGAACGACAAGGAUACACUGUUGUCAAAUUUAAGUUUAGAUUUAGAGAAUCAUGCCAGAAUGGUAGGCAUGCGUCCGAUAUAUCAAAACGAAUCCAAAAUCCGAUUUCAAACACAAAUCGAUACCGAACGAUUUCUCAACAAGAAAAUCCGAUUUCAGAAAUCUAACCGAACCAAAACCAAAUACCACAAGUAUCCAAAUCUAAAUCGGAUUCGAAAUUCGUGCUUUCGUUUUCGGAAGUAAGAUUUCGUGCUCGGAACUCCGAUUUCGAUUUGCUGUUUACGGAAAUCUAUUGCUGUUCUCUGAGGCGGGAUUAUUUAUCACUGAAAAGAUAUGUCGUCUAAAAACAUCAAAAGUCGAGCAACUUACAUUUUUGGACGCUAACCUGAAGUAAUUAGGUUUGAUUUUGUAAAUGGUUUGAAAAAUAAUAAAAACAAACAGAAUAACAAAUAAAAAUACUAAAAAAUGUGUAAAAAGAAAUCAUUGUAUAAAAGCCGAUUUUUAAAUGCGCCGCAAAAGUUUUACUCUUAACCGUAAACAUAACUUUUUUGCUAGUCCUAAGCCUAGAUUUAAAGCAUGAAGGAAAAUCGCGAAUAUCUACGAGUAUCCUUGCUUCCUACAAUUAAUUGUUUGUGAUUGUCGUUGGCUAAUAAAACCAAAUCAUAACACAAACUAGUGAAUUGGCUAAGUUCAGCACAUCUGAAAUCGGAUAUUUAAAAACGGAUUUUAAAAUCGAUUUUGAAAUCUGAAAUCCGAUAAAUAUCCGUUUGCGUUCAAAACCAAAAACGCCCAUGUCUACAGAAUGGACACCAGUAUUAGGGUGCGGCCAGAGUGCACUCAGAUUCAGAUUCUGAAAACAAGUGCGAGAAAUAAACAGUGUAGUCGAAGGGUACGGCCAGAUUGCACUCCUGAUUCAGAUUCAGAUUCAGACUCAGAAAACAAAGCGCGAGAAAAAGCAGGCAACCUGCUUAGACUACUCUGUUUAUUUCUCGCGCUUAUUUUCAGAAUCUGAAUCUGACUCUGAAUCUGAGUGCACUCUGGCCGCACCCUUAGACUAGAAUUUUUAUAAGAAUAAUUAACAAUUUAAACAAUUAAAUUAUUAUUUUUUAUUUUUUUCAUUGUUACUUAGCAAUCGCCAUUUUUCUUUUUAAAUGCUGCUUAGCCUUUUUGUCGGCUAAAAAUCCAAUAAUAUGCCAUCUCCAUGGGUUUAAGUACUCAGAGCUUAAGACUUAUCAGCUGUUUUUGACAGACAGGAAUAUCAUAGGAAAAUCAAAAGGAAAAUACAGGGACGAACUAUCUGCUGUCAUUGUCAAAAAAAUUAAAGCGGUUAAGUUUACCUACUGGGGUUUAUCCGACCCAGUCUGGCCUCUCAUUUUCUAUCUAUUUAUUUUUCUAUAUUAUUUCCAGGUAGAUACAAACUUCUUACCUUUGAGCAUAUUGGGUGUUUACAAGAAUAGAAUUAUUGGUUUUAUUGGCACAACACUAAGUAGCCAUGGUGUUAAUGAAAUCGAAAGAAAACGUGCCUAAAGAUGCUGUAUUGCUAACAGAAGAAGAUGCUAUUAAAUACGCCUGGGAUUUCGUUGACGGGUGGAAAACUCCUUCAGACGUAUGGGCACUGAGAUUUGGACCCUUCAUCUUGGGAGGCAUAAAUGCUAUAUCGGGUCUUAUUAUCAAUAACCAUUUUAGAAACAAACUGAAACUUGGACCCUAUGGUUUUUUAUCAUCUGCAAUCCCCAUAUCACUUAUGCCAGGAAUUUUGACACCACUGUUUCAUAGAUAUAUAGUGAGUACAGAUAUGCUCCUUAUGAAAGCUGAAACAUGUCCGCUGUGUUAUGAGAUACGUUCUACUGUUCUUCAACUUGGAUUGGGUGUUGUCUACCCAAUGUUACUUGCACCGACAACAGCUAUGAUGUUGAGUCACAGAUAUGCAACUGCCAGGAUACCAGAGCUAUAUGAUGGCCCCAGGGUAAUUGUGAAAUUUGUUAGCAAACUGGCUAGACCUCUCCAAGGGACGGUAGCCACCCUUGCAGGACUCCAAGUGGUUUCGUCGGCUCUAAUCACAUAUUUUGAAAUGAGGAAUAUUCUAUCAAUAAGAAGAGAGGUUAUGGAAAUAGAAAGGAAACUGGAGAAUGAGGAAAGCCUUAGGUAUAUUGGCGAUGCUCCUAUGAAUUUCACUUGGACUCUAGUAUUCAACUCUGCUCUAUAAAUGUGAACAUAAAUGUACAAUAAGAAAAUUCAAUUUGUUUUAUUAACGAAUUUGAUCACGGCAAACUGACGAUAUCAGGAUGUUGUUGUUGACUCCAUUUCUUCAUGCGCAGAGUGUGGUAAGAUUUACCUUCUAUAUACUUAAGAACGUGACCAUGGACCAAUGUUCAAAAAAUUAUACUAAGUAAAAAAAACAUCAGAAGGCGGUUGACAUGGUGACAUGUUUAUGUAUAAAAGCCCGUCGGACUAGAAUGUGUGCGGAAAGAGAAUGGGUUUUAGAUUGGAGGGCGCUGUAGAGCUUUUCUACCGUAUUUGUAAGGUUUUACCCCUUUAAGACAUGAUUAAAUACAAAAAACCGCAAGAAAUCACAACAACCAACAAAUCCGUAUCAAUACAAAACUUUGACGUUUUACAGAUUGCUGGGUUUGAUUGCCAAAUAAAAAUCUUAAUGUUAGUUCCGUUUUUCGCCACGCCCAUUCUCUUUCCGCACAGACGCUACCUCAGAAUGUCAAAACAAUCUAUUUUUCACUAACACUACGGUUAAAAAAAUAUUUUGCAUUUUUAUAGUUUCGUAUAGUCUGAAGCGAUAUUGUGUGUAUGGACAAGAGCACGUCAGAUCACCACAAAAUGACUAAAUUCUUUAAUCAAUUGUGAACUUAAAAGGUGAGUGAAAUAAGGACCUAAUAUCAUUUCAGUAUUUCGACAAUAUAUAUUGUAGACUGUAUAGUUUUUGUGUUGAAUUGAAUGUUUAUACUCCCAACGAAUUAGAAGUAAUAUGGAAUACGAAGGCUCUAAAAAGUGGUUUCACGCAAACUGCGAUCAAGUGGGCGGGGCGAAAAUACUGUAAUCAACACGCCGAUCAUGGGGUUGGUUGGGAUUUCCGUUUAACAUUAUCUUACUCAAUGAAUGGCGUGCCGAAUACGUUUGAAGAUAUUUGAUUUGUCAAAGUAUUUUGUUUAGUCUGUGUGCUGUCACGGUAAAUUGCAAGAGUUUGGAACCAUGUCUUAGCGGCCUUAGUUCGAGAGUAAUGUUUCCAUACGUGAAGAUAAUUUCUAAUUCGUUGUAUACUACAUAGGUGUCGAUUCUGGUAUCAUUCUCUAAACUUAAAAUUAAAUUUGACAACAGUGUUGUCAAUUCUGGCGUGAUUCUCUAAACUUAAAACUAAAUUUAAGGUCAGUCUCACCUUUUUAUUCUAUAUAGAGAAGGACAAGGAUGCACUGUUGUCAAAUUUAAGUUUAGCUUUAGAGAAUCAUGCCAGAAUCGACAUCAGUGUAUUCUUGUCACUAUCUAUACAGAAUGAUAAGAAGAAACUGAUGUUAAAUUUAGUUUUAAGUUUAGAGAAUCAUGCCAGAAUCGAUAUCAUUAUAUUAUUAUAUCUAUUGACGUAAACUUAUUUAACAAUCUGGACUGUCCUCUAUUUAUUUCUUUAGAUCUUAAAGCUCAAUCGAGACACACCUACCAUUAUAGCCGAUACAAUUCAAACCAGGGGGCCAAUCGCCUAACUGGAUUGCUUUGGAAAACGCUAUCGCUUACGAUUUCAUUUUGUUAUUUCUAGCCCCCUGAGGUUUUCAAAUGCCUCGCGCUCUUUUUUUUUCUUUUGCAUUGGUAAUAACAAUGUUAAAGAAAAUGAGCGUGAGGUAUUUCGGCGGUUAGAAAUAACAAAAUGAAAUCGUAAGCGAUAGCGUUUUCCAAAGCAAUCCAGUUAGGCGAUUGGCCCACAGAACUCCCCAAAUUUGACACCAGAAUCUGAUAUUCUCUUUUCAGUAAUAAAUAACAUUACUCACAUGUUUGAAAAGUUAUUAUUGUGCGUGUUCAAAGCAACUUUUUGAAUAUACCUGUGCUUAAGAUUAUAUAACUUACAAUUAUUGAUAUUACACCAAUUAUUGUAAUAGUUGAAUUCUAUCGUCCAGUAGUCUGCCGUCAAUGAAUAUAAAAAAAUCUGAUUCUUGUACAAUUCGACUUUCGUAACUUUGUUAUGGUCAUAAAAACAUAAUGCGAUAUAAUAUGUGCUGUAAUAGUUAUGUGUUACAGAACAGAAUCUAGAAUUAAGUUUAAACUACCCGCAUGAAAUAUAUGUAACAAAUGUCUUGAUAUUCAGCUAAAAUCUUUUUUCACAACUCACAAAUUAUUGGCAAAGAUCAAUACUAGAAUAUAAGUUUUGCUCCCUUAAAUUCUAAAGUAUUUACUAAGUAACAAAAUAACCUUAAACUUUUCCAACCAUUGUACUUUUGGGGACAUGAAGGAAUAUUCGACAUUGGAGUUGGGGCAAAAUUACUCACUAUGCUGUACAAUGAUUAUCAAGUUGACAGAGGAAGCUUUAUUAUCGUAGAAGAGUGCCGUUAAUGCCAGCCUUAUAACAACAACCAUAUUUUAAAAAUAAUUAAAAUUAAUACAGACAACACCUGUAUUUCACAAUAACAAAAUUCUUACAUUACCUUUUUUUUGUUUGAUUUACUCGUGUUUAUAUAUUUUUUAUUUUAUUUUCACUUUCUUGAUAUUAUAAGAUAUAAGUAUUAUUUAUUAUUAUUACAAUGUAUCUCCUUAACAUAAUUGUAAGUGGGAACUGCGCCUAAUUUAAACACUUUUUUUUUUUAGUAUUCAAUGUAGGUCGUUCUCCAAAUUAUUGCCAGUGACUAUUUGAGAUCUCAUUCUUUCAAGUGAAAUACCUUUUUAUGACCCUUACAUUAAAAAUUAAGUUUAUAUGUCAUAAUAUAAUUAAUGUACGGGUAACCGUUUUACCCCUGUCUCCUUCUCAUAUUCUAUGUAUCAAAAUUAAAAUACGCUGUUUACAUAUUUAAAGAUAAGCAUAUAAGGUGCUUUAGCAUCCACGGCCUGAGUGAAGAAAAUACAACACUUAAAUUUGAAAAUCUUCUCUUGUUUCACAGAAUACACAUAAAAAUUAGUUAUCAGAUCACAAUAAAACUAGUGUAUUUUCUACACAACCGCAAGUGGCACAAUAGCGCCUUACAUAGUCCAUCUAAAUGUUCCCCUGCAGUGUCGCCACAGUUUCGCGAAGAGUCAAACCAUCAUCAUCGAUCGUAUAAUUUAAAUAUCACUACAAUUUAUUAUCAAUUUUCAUCACACAAACAUUCAGUACCAACAGAACUUGCUAUCUACAAAUAUACGUGUUCUAAUUCAUAAGCACGGUAUUCAUUCAAGAGAGUAAACGAUGGCACCAUUCGACUGGAGGAAUGUAUAAUUCGAUUCGGCAGUGUAGACCGGUUUAUACGUUAUGAAUGAGUGGCGACAGUUCGCUCGCCGAGCGCACAGCACAAGCGUGACCAUUUGAGUGUCUAUUUACAUGAUAACAAGGUAGUCCGUCACUCGUACGCUUAGAAGCUAAGUUACCACUAACACGAUCGUACGAAUAAGGUAUACGGUGAUAAACAAGUCUUAGAUUUUUAUUAAGCGGAUGGGGGGCCGCGUGCUAGCAGCGCCGGCUGAGAUACUCUCCGUACGAGGCGCUCACCACCUCGGACUGGUAGCGGGUCAGCUUGAUGCUGCGCCUCAUCUCCAUGGUGAUCGCCGCCUUGUAGCCGCCCUUGCGCAACAGCGAGUCGAUCGUUUGGAUUUGGUCCCAUCCUGGAUAUAUAACCCGCCAUUUAGAAGCUUUGUUUUUGUGUUAAUUUGAAGGCAGCAACACAUGGGAAUAGCCAUAGUGACAAGGCAAAGUUCAUAUGACUGCGCGGGUACAAGUUUAUAAUAGCUGUUAGCUUAGAGGAUAUAUCGUCUGCAUGAACGCGCUGCUGAAAGUGUACUUAAGCUGUCAUGUAAAUGCCCCAAACCGCACGGUGAUAUAAACUUUAAUCUUAAUACUACUAAAAUCGUUCUGUCACCUUUGGCGGCAGAUGGGGGAAAUAUGCACACAAAUGAAAUUUUACAUACAUGCGUAGACAACAAAACUGUAAUUACGACAGUCACACAAACAAUGGCGCAAUACAUCGCCAAAUCCUGCACACAUAAUAUCGUUUGUAUGGCAAAGUUAUAUACCCAACGCGACAAAGGUGGAAGCUGUGUAUGCCUCCUAGCCACGUCGGCUAUAUUGGUCUACUAGAGGUCGCCCGCGACUUCGUCUGCGUUAAUUUAGUUUCUUGAAAAUCCCUCUGGAACCUAACAUUUUUCGGGAUAAAAGUAGCCUAUGUGUUAAUCUAGGGUGUCAGCCAACUCCAUAACAAAUUUUAUUAAAAUCGCUCCAGCCGUUUAAACGUGAAGAAGUAACAAACAUACACACUCACAUACUUUCGCCUUUAUUAGUUAUCACAUUAAAUAUUAAAAAGAAUGAAAAUGCUAUCAACGUAAGUGUUUCGGAAAUUAGUGGAGGCAAUGGACUGUAGACAAAAUUUCGGUAACAUAUAUACACUAACCAAUGCCAAAUGUCACUAAUCAUCGAUUUGACGCACAACUACCCUAUUGGGUGUAUUUAUGGUGUAAGCUGUGAGUACGAGGAGCUGUAAAAGCACCAUGGUAAACCUGCUAUGUACUGUCGAUGUUGGAAACUCAUAGACCGGUGCACUAAGCACGAACCAAUAUUGAACUCGAUUGUGAUACGCGUCAAAUAUCAAGAAGUUUUGUCUGGAAAUUUGAACAGCGCCACAACGGACAUAACAAAAAUGAAAUAUUUUUCAAUCAAGAAUUCUUGACAUUGACGAGUAUCGAGAUCGAAUUCGAUAUUGGUUCUGCCAAGUAUACGGUAAUUGAAUAGGUGACUCAAUAUUUAUUACACCUGCUACUCUGCGCUUCACUAGGCAUCACAAAUCUCC